GUGUCCGUGCGUGUGUCCGCAGCGCGGGUGCGCGGCCGUGCGCGCAGGUGGCGCUGGUGGCAGAGCGGCUUCACCGCAGCGGCGGCGGGGGAGGCGGCUGCUCACUUUGCUGACGGAUGGAUGGCUGGGAAAGAUCCCGCCAUCCCAUUUGUGCUCUGUUCAGACGUCUUUCCUCUGUGCUUUGCUUUUUUUUCCUUCUUCAAAGUCUCCCUGGGAAUUUUGUAUUUUGCAGCCUUUUUUUUUUUUCCCCUCUCUCUCCUUCCUGCUGAGGAUACGUUUCGCUUGCCAAGUUUGUAGUGACACCUCUCAGAUUCCCCCAUUCCCUGCCUUUUUGGAUCUAUUACAGUGCCCGUUUGUAUAUUGACAUACCGUAUUUUUUGCUUCUUUUUCAAGAAAAUUGGAAUUCUUUGGGAAGCUAAUGGAUACUGAGGAGGACAAUCCUAAAAAUCUCCUUUUGAAUCUGUAAAAGAGGUGUAUGAAGAAAUUCUUAAAUUCAGUCAUCAAUUUAGCUUCAUACUAAGCACCUCGAAGUAUUUAUGAUUGCAGAGCAGGUGCAAGCGAGGAUUAGUAAUAAGGGACAGGUGGAUUUGCCCAGUCAAGACACUUGAUACCAUCAAUGGGGCAUCUUCGCUUGCCAAAUGCAGAUGACCUCAAUGCUUGGAAAUGUUCUUGAAGGGUAACUGUGCCCAACUUCAGAAGUCCAUAUGGAAUUCAGGAUAUAGACCUGCGGCUAACUGGAUUUGAUUUAUAAGAGGGGAUUCUGCAGUAAAUGGCUGCUCUCUUCAUAUUGCUGCUAUGGAAAACAGAAUUGUCGAUAGGAUGUAGUCUGAUAAAUAGUGCUGAGUGAAGAUGCAGCUUCAAUAAGUGUGAAAUCAAUGGAAGAUACUUACCGCGUGAAAAGCCUUUUGAGAUUUUUCUGACAGGCACCUAUUUAGGAAACUUGAUCUGUUUCCUUCGGUCGCCCUGUUUUGACACCCGUGGAUACAAAUCAGAUCGCUUUUUGUAGCUACACAACUAAUGUGGGACCAUGGCCUUUCCAAGAUCCAUGUGGCUGAACUGUGUAUGGAGAGCGACGAUAGUCCGCCUGUUACACAUGGGAUCGAAUGCCACUCUUGCUUUUGGUAUACUUGGAUUUUUGCUUCACGCUGCAGCUGUGUCCUCCCAAAAAUUGGAUGAUACCAACCCCGUGGUGACCACCAACUUUGGCAAGAUAAGAGGGAUUAAGAAGGAACUAAAUAAUGAAAUUUUGGGGCCCGUAAUUCAGUUUCUUGGGGUUCCGUAUGCUGCCCCUCCAACAGGGGAGCGCCGCUUUCAACCUCCUGAGCCUCCGUCUCCCUGGUCAGAGACCAAAAAUACCACUCAGUUUGCUCCAGUGUGUCCCCAGAACAUUAUAGAAGGCAGGUUGCCUGAAGUCAUGCUUCCCGUGUGGUUUACUAAUAACUUGGAUGUAGUUUCCACCUAUGUACAAGAUCAGAAUGAAGACUGCCUCUAUUUAAAUAUCUAUGUCCCAACCGAGGAUGUCAAAAGAAUAUCCAAGGAAUGUGCCAGAAAACCCGGCAAGAAAAUUUGUAGAAAAGGAGGUCCCCUUACAAAGAAACAGACAGAUGAUUUAGGUGAUAAUGACGGUGCUGAAGAUGAAGACAUUCGGGACAGUGGGGGACCUAAGCCUGUGAUGGUGUAUAUUCACGGAGGGUCCUACAUGGAAGGCACUGGAAAUCUAUAUGAUGGCAGUGUUCUAGCAAGUUAUGGGAAUGUGAUAGUCAUCACAGUCAACUAUCGCCUUGGGGUACUUGGAUUUUUGAGCACUGGGGACCAAGCAGCAAAAGGAAACUAUGGCCUCCUUGAUUUAAUUCAAGCUUUGCGAUGGACUAGUGAAAACAUUGGGUUCUUUGGUGGUGACCCAUUAAGAAUAACUGUUUUUGGAUCCGGUGCAGGCGGUUCAUGUGUCAAUCUGUUGACUUUAUCCCAUUAUUCUGAAGGUAACCGUUGGAGCAAUUCAACCAAAGGACUUUUUCAAAGAGCAAUAGCUCAAAGCGGAACAGCUCUCUCCAGCUGGGCGGUGAGUUUUCAGCCUGCAAAAUAUGCCAGGAUGUUGGCUACAAAAGUUGGUUGCAACAUGUCAGACACUGUAGAAUUGGUAGAAUGUCUGCAGAAGAAGCCUUAUAGAGAACUUGUUGACCAGGACAUUCAACCAGCAAGAUACCAUAUAGCCUUUGGACCAGUAAUUGACGGCGAUGUGAUACCAGAUGAUCCUCAGAUAUUGAUGGAACAAGGAGAAUUCCUCAACUAUGACAUCAUGUUGGGAGUUAACCAAGGGGAAGGGUUAAAAUUUGUUGAAAAUAUUGUGGAUAGUGAAGAUGGCAUAUCAGCGAGUGAUUUUGACUUUGCAGUUUCUAAUUUUGUCGAUAACUUAUACGGAUACCCUGAAGGCAAAGAUAUACUGAGGGAAACUAUUAAAUUUAUGUACACGGACUGGGCAGAUCGACACAAUCCUGAGACGAGAAGGAAAACGCUGCUGGCUCUGUUUACGGAUCACCAGUGGGUUGCACCAGCUGUGGCUACAGCAGAUCUUCACUCAAAUUUUGGAUCGCCUACAUAUUUCUAUGCCUUCUACCAUCAUUGCCAGACAGAUCAGGUACCUGCAUGGGCAGAUGCAGCCCAUGGAGAUGAGGUUCCUUACGUACUAGGAAUCCCCAUGAUUGGCCCUACUGAAUUAUUUCCUUGUAAUUUCUCCAAAAAUGAUGUCAUGCUAAGUGCGGUGGUGAUGACUUACUGGACAAACUUCGCAAAAACUGGUGACCCAAAUCAACCAGUGCCGCAAGAUACAAAAUUCAUCCAUACAAAACCAAAUCGUUUUGAAGAAGUAGCAUGGACCAGAUACUCUCAGAAAGACCAACUGUAUCUUCACAUUGGAUUAAAACCACGAGUUAAAGAACACUAUAGGGCCAAUAAAGUGAACCUUUGGUUGGAACUGGUACCUCAUCUGCACAAUCUUAACGACAUUUCACAGUAUACCUCUACCACAACUAAAGUGCCAUCAACUGAUAAUACUUUCAGGCCAACAAGGAAAAAUUCUGUUUCUGUUACUUCAGCCUUUCCUACAGCCAAACAAGAUGAUCCCAAACAACAACCAAGCCCAUUUUCUGUGGAUCAAAGGGACUAUUCAACAGAAUUGAGCGUUACAAUUGCAGUUGGUGCAUCUUUGCUGUUCCUGAACAUUUUGGCCUUUGCAGCAUUGUACUACAAAAAAGACAAGCGGAGACAUGAUGUUCAUAGGAGAUGUAGCCCACAACGUACUACUACCAAUGAUCUUACCCAUGCACAAGAAGAGGAGAUAAUGUCCCUCCAAAUGAAGCACACUGACUUGGAUCAUGAAUGUGAGUCCAUCCAUCCGCAUGAGGUGGUUCUUAGGACCGCCUGUCCCCCAGACUACACACUAGCUAUGAGAAGGUCUCCUGAUGAUAUUCCCUUAAUGACACCCAACACCAUCACAAUGAUCCCCAACACUAUACCAGGGAUUCAACCCCUACACACAUUCAAUACAUUUACUGGAGGACAGAACAAUACUCUGCCCCAUCCUCAUCCCCACCCCCAUUCACACUCAACAACCAGGGUAUAGCCAGACAAGAUGAAACAAACUUUAUUUUUUGAUGGAUUACAGUAGGUGAUAUUACUGAAGAUUACUUGGCUUUCAACCUACAAGACUCUUACUAUUUAAAUGUGGAGGAAUAUUAUGUGAAUAUACAUAUCAAGAACUUUUGGGGUUUUGAAAAAAAAUGAAUUGUACAUAUAUCAAAUGAACUUAAGAAACAAAGAAACAAAGCAAAACAAAAAAAAGAAAAAUGAAAAAAACCCAACUGUUUGCAAUUGCUUGAAGCAGUUGUCCUGAAUGAUACUUUUUCAUUCACAUUCAAGUAUUAAUUUUUUGAAGAUUUAAGUUACAUAAUGGAAUUAGGCAUGUGCAACACAAACAGGAAAGAACUAUGACUGAAAAUUUUAAAAACCUAUAAAUAUGCACAAGGGACACACUAAUGGAAUGUCAGAUAAUUUUCACCAAUUUUUAUUUGGACCUGUUUUAUUGUGUAGACCAUAUUUACAUAUCUGAAUAAGUACACAAAGCACCAAUGCUGUUAAGGCCUUAGAAAGGGGCUCAUGCUGAAAUCUGCCAGUCAAAGAAGUUUUACAGCCUGGCAGGUACAACAUUAUCACAUAAGUACUGUCAGUAUUAAAGUUGUUGGAAUAAAGGAAACUGGAUAUUUUUAGCACGAUGUGCAUGAUAAUUUAUAUGCUUGGUGGCUGUGCUGCUGAUUAAGCCGUAAUUAAAAUUCUUCUCAUCCCAUUGGAGUUUUUAAUAGAAGCUUUCUCCAUCAAUUGGCACAACCUAAAUAAGUUUCAUAAAGGGGCAAAAGUAAUCACAGUAAAAUAUUUCAUGGUAGCUUCAGAAAUAAAAGGAAUUGCAACAGUUCUUAAAUGUAUUUAUGGCAUUCUAGGUAUACAGUGGUGAACCUCCGCUGAUAGGAAUCCCAGACAAAAAAAUCCGUAUUAUUAUUGUUCUUUUUCCUUUCCACUUAAAUCAUUUCUAACUUUAACAUAACUAUAACUUUAAUGGAAUCUCCUUUGAUGGAGGUUUUAUAAUUUGCUGUAAUUUAGUUACAACAUACUUAGUUCAAAUUGGUAAGAUAACGUGUGUCCAAAAAUGUAAUUGCAAUGAUAUUUUGCAAUAUAAAAAUGCCCCAGUAUUACUGCUCUGAUUACACCUUUCAGUUUAUUGUUUAAACUCAUGUUGCAUGUUACCAAGUUUACUUAUAAUACACUAUACAUUAGCUUUGCCAUUCAAACCAGUUCUUUAGACCAGAUGGCAACAGUGUGGAAAAAGAGGGUGUGUAAGAAUGGGGAGAGAGCCAGGUUUAAAAUCUGAAUACUACAUAUGUUUGUGUGAUUUGAAAUGAGUGUUCUAAAAUCACAAGAAAUUUUUCAUUCCCCUGUUGCUUUCCAAUAAUUAUAUACCACGGUCCUUUCAAAAUGUUUGUAUAUGUAAUCAGAUGUACAUUUAUAUAAAAGAUAUAAUUGAGAUGGACUUAAGAGCACAUCCCUGAUAAAUACUUUCUCUCUUACCUGUACUAUAUUUCUAUUAGACUAAAGUUAUGUGAUUUUUUUUUACAUUUUUUCAAAUUACUAGCAAUUUUGAUAGUUUGUAAGAUAAUGCAAAGAACUUUCUCUGACAAACUAACUGCAGUAACAGAAACAUUUCUUUUCAGUUACUCUUUUUCAAGAAUGAAAGCUUAUUACACACAAAAAUUGUAUACUACUUGAUGGAAAAUUUCUUUGUACUUCUUGGCCAUAUUACUGGUCACUGAGUGAAAUAAAGAUAAUCUGGAUAACGAAUAUUAUUCCAAUGCUAAGAGACCUGAUCUUUGCUCAUUAAAGAGCUAAAAUGUUUAUUGCUGUUUUGUCAUUUUUUAAUGAAGUAAUGGUAACUGUCUCAAAUAAAGAGUAAUAUCUUAAGACCAGUCUGGUUUUUGAAGACUUGAAUGUGCCUUCUACAACUAAUACAACUACACAUUUAUGGGCCAGUCCCAUCUACAACCCUUUCUUACAGAAAUACUGACAUUGUAUUAUGUCAUAGUAUUACAUGCAAAUCUCCCCUAGUGUUCAGGAAUAAGCUGAAAAUCCAAGUCCCAAUGCUGAAGAAAAGCCAAGGAACAGGCCUAAUUGAAAUAAAUCUGCAUUAUUCCAUGACAGGAAAAAAAUCACCUUGGUAUUAUUUAGGUGAUUGAACUUUCAUAAAUGAUUGCCAGGAAGUUCAAAGCGUGUUCACUAACAUCAAGCACAAAUAUUAAAACUGAAGCUGAAAGUGAAAUAAGGUACUGCAAUUUCAGUAAUUUUAUUCAGUUAUUUAAAAACAAACAGAAAUCCAUGUAUUUAAUUAGUGCGUGUUACAGUCCCCCGUUUUAAAUUACACUCUUUUAGUAGAAGCAUAAAAAAAUAGUCUUCAAAAUCCAGGGCGGUCUGUGUGCAAUUUCUGCCUGAUGUGGUUGUGCUUUUAGACUGUGACCUGCCAAUGUAAACCAAUAAAAAGAAUUGUCUGCCAUCUGAUAAUUAUUGUUUAAUAGGAAGAUUGUAUUUUGCUAUGUUGAUGAAACAAAACAAAAAAAUACAAAAAUAUUGAUGGCCAUAAAACAAGAUAUUCAUGAAAGAUUAUUUUAUGUGCUUUUCUUAACUUUCUCAAAACCAAAUAACUUUCUACUAUAGUUUAUUUGUGGCCAUAUAUCUAUAUAUCACUAUAUAUACAGUAUCUGGUAAUUGUUUACUUUUAUUAGUUUCAAAAUAAAUGAUUUAGGUAAACCAAGCAUGACACUACACUUUAUUUCUCUCAGCCAACAGUAUUUAAAAUGUGAAAGAUGAAGGCAACAACAAUAAUUUUAUCACUUCUGUUUGAAAAAAAAAAUCCCAUUCCUAUGAUGCAGAUACUGUGAAUGAUAUUUUUGUGUCUACUUUAUAAUUACAUUACAGCAGCUGACUUUCCAAAAGUAAGAUGGUGUCCCACAUUUUAACACAACACUAAGAAAGACCAAGAACUGUUUUAAAUCUGAAACAAAAUAAAAAUAUAGGAAAUGGUUUUGGAAUAUCUUCAUUCUGCUUCAUGGAAUAUAAGUUUGUUCUUUUUAAAAUAUUAAUGUUUGAUUUGUUUUCCACAGUAGCCUACAAGAAAGCAAAAUGGAGUGUGAUAUUUAAUUUCUUGUAUCAUCCUUGGACCAGAUUUCCAAUAAAAUUAGGAUAUCAGUCAUUUUUUUUGGAAGUUUAGUAAAAAUAUAAAAAGCCUGCAUUUAUUGCUUUCACACUUUUGUAAAUAUGUUUGCAGACCUUUUUAAGAAAAUGUAUUCUACCAUUUUGAGAAAAAAUAACAAUGGAAUCAUUGUCUCGUUUAUCUAUUAAAAUUACAGGCAAUAUAAUGUGCUGUGCUGAUAUUUCUAGGAGAAAUAAAGCAGAUAAAAAUGCAAUUUGCUUAAUGGUAUCUCAGUUGGUUAUAUGUGGUAUUCUCCACGCACUGAAGCCUUGCAGGGCGUGGAUUUCUCCAUAGGAAAGUGUAGUUGUUUUGGUUGUCAGUACUAAACAUAUCACAAGCCUUUAGUUAUUGGAUAUUUUGGUUAUUGAAACACCCUGAAAACAGGAUUAAUAGAAGUCUAACAAAUAAACAUGUUACAGAUUUAAAGAAAGAAAAUACUGACAUUUCUGUUGCCAGCUUCACUAAGAGAUGCAACAGCUGAAGUCACAGGAAGCCGUCAGAUAUCAUGGCAUUCCUUUGAGGUUUGCAAGUUGUUAUUUUUUUCCUGUGGUGUUAGUUUAAAUUAUCGGCCUUUUUCCUCCCCUUUUUUCUAGUAAUGAACUAUUACAGAUGAUCACUUUUUAAUGUAAGCACACAUUAGAUAAUGUAAUUAUUAUUGUGAAAUGUUCUCCCAAAUAAAUCAGAUUAAUGGGAAAUUCCCUGCAGAAUUUUCGCAUUUUUCAUUCAAACCUCUUGUCGAAAUACCUGUUGCAGUAGUUCUGCUUUUUUUUUUUUUUUUCAGUUUGUAAGCUAAGGGACUUUCUCCAAAUAACAUUAAAAAAAUCUCUUUUUCUAUUUGAAAUAAUAACACUAGAAGAUUAAGAUGUUCUUCAGAAGCCUCCAAAUAAACAGGAACAAUUUGAAACAUGGUGAAGGGGCUUUUACUCCAAACAUUCUAAUUUGAUUUAAUUCUGGCACGUCAAUACAUUUGUAUGCAGACCAGAAAUUAGUGGCUUUUGAUGAGGUGUUCAAGAGAACAAUGGAGCAGGAUCAAUGAAUUAACCACCAGCCAUGUGCAAAGUCCCUUUUCUCUUAGGUUCUGUUAAUGCUAUUUUAUAAUUGAUUUCUUGUUUAUAGAUUCAGUAAAAACUUAACUUUGUGAGAUGGGAAAUGGUUAGAAGAAGGUAAUGAACAUUAUCUGAUGGAAAAUGUUUAGAAAAAAUGUUGAGAAUCACCUAGGAAGUGUAGAUUUUUAUGUGCAACCUGGCUUCAUUCCUUUUUGUGGAUAUUAUAAUUCUCAGUAAUUCAUACACAUGGGAAACUAUUUAAUUAUUGUAUGUAAAUAGUGGAUAAAAGCCUAUUUAGUUUCCUUUUCUAUUGGGAUGAAUGAAAAACCUCAUAGAAGUGCAACAAAUUCAGACAAGUAAUUUUCAUACAGUAUUUUGAAUUUUUUUUUCAUUUGAAGAUCAAAGUACCAUGACAGCAGUAAAAGCCCUGGAAGUAUUUGUUUGUUGCAGAACAUAUAUAUGUAUCUUUAUAUAUGUACCCAUGUGAACUACUGAAGCCUAUAGAGAUUCCAAAAAUAUGAAUAAACAGAGCAAUUCAAAGGUAAAUGCAAGUGCUCAGUGUGGAGGUAACACCAAUACUCGUUCUGCCUUCUCUGCUGUUAUUGACCAGAUGCUCAGCUGAUGACAUUUUUUUAGCCCCAGCUGAAUUAGUGUUUAUCAUAAAACCAUUGAAAUCGAUGAAACCCUGACAACUUACACCAGCUAUCGAUCUGCUUCCAGAACUUUAAUGUUCAUCAUGGCUCAUCUCACCUUCCAGUUUUGCACAUCUUCUCACGCACAUGAACACCCACUCACAGAAAUUAUUACAAGUAUCACUACAUGAUUUAUGAUCACUAUCAGUCAUUAAAGUGUGCUUGAAAAUAUGCUCAUUGGUAUUUAAGUCCAAAAGAGCCUUCUACUUAAAAAAAGAAUCCCUGGUAAUUAAAGCUGAUACAAAGAAAAGGUUUGUACCACAGUUUACAGCAUUAAUAUGCCAUGGAAAGUUUUAUGUUAAAAUCUUUUUAAAAAGGAACAUUCAGUUCUGUCUGAUCAUCAAAUCUAUACGUUGACCUGUAUGUCAAAGACAUAAUGACACUAUCCAGUAGUUGUAAGCAUGAUCUGCUAUGCUCCAUUCUGGAAAGGAAGAGACAUACAACUGAGCUACACGCUUGCUGUAAAUUCAGGACAGAAAUAGCUGGAUCUUCUCUUACAUCUCAUUUUUCCCCUCUUGGUAUGAGUAACAGCAGACACUCUGUUUAUGAGAUGAUCUUUAGAGUGAUGCCAUCUAAAAAAAUAAUAAAUCUGCAGUUCCUAAUUCUGUAGGGUUGGGUAUUUAGUAUUCAGUUUUUCUGUUUUACAGAUGUAAGAGCCAGUAACUUUUUUUUUCAAACGGAAGUUGAUAAUGCUGGCAACCAGAGGUGAUAAUACUAGAGCUCAAUUAACACGAGGUUUUGUGAAAGAGCUGAUAAGACUUUAACCGCAUUAUUAAAAAAAAAAAAAAAAAUAAAAAA